AUGCUGUGCCGUCUGACCUCCAGGCUGCCAGCCAGGAUGUGGGGCAGGACUUCAGAGAAGCAGUCAUGGAGGGACAGCAGUCAAAUGCCUUCCUCAUGUCUUAUCCAUAGACUUGACCACAUCGUGAUGACAGUAAAGAGCAUCAAAGAUACAACUAUGUUUUAUUCCAAGAUCCUGGGCAUGGAGGUCGUGACUUUCAAGGGAGACCGAAAAGCACUGUGUUUUGGAGACCAGAAGUUUAACCUCCACGAGGUGGGAAAGGAAUUUGAACCCAAAGCCGCUCACCCAGUUCCUGGCUCCCUGGACAUAUGUCUGAUCACAGAGGCGCCCUUGGAGGAAGUGGUCCGGCACCUCCAGGCUUGUGAUGUCCCCAUUGAGGAGGGUCCAGUCCCCAGAACGGGGGCUAAAGGGCCUAUUAUGUCCAUCUACUUCCGAGACCCUGAUAGAAACCUGAUUGAAGUGUCCAACUAUAUCUCCUCGUGA